CCUUCCGGGGCGAGGAGUGGCGGAGCCGGGGAGGCCGCGGCCGCAGCGUCGAUAUGGAAAACAGGAAGGAUGAAAAAAGUAGGACGCUGUGUGCAACCUCAGAAGAAGGGCUGAAGGCCCGAGGAAAAGAAAAAAGGAAACGGAAGCGCAGCAGAAGCAGAUCCUCAUCUGUUUCAUCCACAUCGUCUUCUGACAGUACAUCCAGUUCUUCCUCCUCAUCACGCUCAUCAUCAAGGUCAUCUUCUUCCAGUAGUAGUAGAGAUUCUCCUAAGUCUAAGUCAAAGAAGAAGAAAAAAGAAAAACACAACAAAAAGAAAAGGAAAAAGGAGAACAAAAUGAAGAAAAAGAAAGAGAAGAAGAAAAGGAAAGAGAAAACAGGACCUGUCCAGCUUUCCAAGUUCUUCAAAAACAAAAAGAAGAAUGAAAACUACAGCAUGAUAACUGGAAAGAAAAUUAAGAUGAAAAUAAAGAAGACUAAGGAAGAUAUAGAGAGAGACCGGAACCGUGCACAGCUCCUGGAAUUUCUGAACUCUGCCUUGUAAUGGGAAGAGUGCUCACCAAGGACUGGUAGAUAUACCAAGCCAGCAACCAUCAUCCUAGCAGAACACUAAAGGGAACCUCAGGGAAAAGGACACCAAGUUGGACAAGACCAGACCCUCCUACUGAGAAGAAAAUUGGGAUGUCCUUUUUAAAUGGCAAAACAAAAAGUAGCUAAUAACUUUUUAAUGGAGAGCCAUGUCCUCCUUUUGAGAUCCUAAGGUAAUAUCCAGGCUGUGGUGUUUUAGAAAAGCCCAAGUGUGUGUUGUUCACAAUGAUAAGAAAUGACACACUGAAGUCCAGCAAUGUAGUUUCUAUUCUAACUGCAUGCAGAAUGCACUCUUGAUUUCAAGUGUCUUAUUUUUUCUAGUAGUUUAAGCAGAGUAUUUAUAAAUGUCUAUUUGAAAGAUGUUUCUUUUAUGUAUAUUUUUUUCUGGUAGUGGUUAUGCUUAUCUUAAAGAGUAAAUUGACCUUUGUAAAUAGAACAUCCUUUUACAUAAAUGACUUUUUUUUUUUAAAGUUCAUUCACUAGUACAUUAUUUUCUUUCAGAAUUUGAGAUGUGGUUUUUCUCCUGUUUUGUUUGUUUGUCUGAAUCAGUUGUUCAGCUCAUAAUAGUUUACCCCCCACAUCUGGAAUUACAGUUCCUAGACUAAAAGCUCUGGAGUUGUGGCCUGCCUUUCUGAUCCUGUGGGCCUUGUAUCAAAUAUUUCUCUCUCUGAAGUGCAGCAAGAGGCAUACCAUUGACAUAGCUUAGUCUGAUGGAGAAAGAGCUGUGGAAUGGUGUUGAGGCAGGCAGUGACAGUGGCUUCAUGGGUUUGUUGACAGUCCACUGUGAGAUGAGACAGGUUUGGACAGGCAGCAGGAGCCCAGCACAGCUUGUGGGUGUGCCAGCUGUGGUAAUUUGCUCAGUGCCUGCACUCUUCCUUCCAAACCUUGGCUCUUGGUUACCCAGCAGGCCCCUCUGUACAUAGCCCUGCUGUGGGACUUCCACUUGAACUGCUCGUGAAGCAGGUGCUCCUCAGGAGCUACGGCUUAGGAAUGCCUGAAGGAAGGACUCAAGGGGAGUUGACUUUGACGUGAACAUCAAGUGUACAGCAGUCAGAGUGGGGGGAGUUCAUUAAAGAGCAAAUGGAAAACUCUCUCUGUUUGCUACCGUGUUUUGAAAUAAACCUGAAGGUUUGUACCAUUGCUUAAGGGAAAAUUUUAUAAAUGUUUUGAUAUGUGAAACCUUCUGAAGAUGCUGGAAACCUCUCCUUUCCCUAGUUUUUUUUUUUUGUUAUGAAGCAUUUUGUAGUUGUUGCAGAGAUGUAACUCUUUGGAGACUAAAACCCUCGU